CUCUGCCGCCUCUCUCCUGACGGUCAACGCGGGACAGCCCGGCCCACUUCCCUUCCGCCGCAUUCAAUCGCACAGGCGUGUCGCCGACGAGAAUAGUCGGCCACAUCAAUCUCGAUUCGCCCGGGCUCGAGAACGGGACAACGGAACAUGUCUGCAGAAGCAUCCUCCUCCAAGGGCGGUAACGCGAAGCGUCCCGCUGCAGCUUCCUCUGCAGGUACAGAUGACAUCGAGAAGCUCCUCAGCAGGGAGGCGACCGCCUUCCAGCGCGAGAUAGAGGUUGAGCGGAUUCUCAAGGCCUUCAAGCUCAACCCAUACGAGAUACUAGACUUACAGCAAGACGCCUCAGCGGACGACAUCAAGAAGAAGUAUCGACAGCUCUCGCUCUUCAUCCAUCCUGACAAGAAUCCCCACGCUCGCGCACCAGAUGCAUUCGAACUGCUCAAGCAGGCCGAGUCUCAACUCUCCGAUAAACCGAAACGCGAAGAGAUUGAUGCAGUCCUUAACCAGGCUCGCAUCAUGCUGCUCAAGGGCUUGCAGCUCCCUACCACAACACAGGCUAACGACCCCAAACUAAAAGGGUUGAACCCUCCGUGGCAGCAACAAUUCUUGGCACAGGCAAAGGAACUUUUGAUCGAGGAAGAGGUCCGGCGGAGGAAGGCAAUCAAGAUGAACCUGGCGAAUGAGGGUCUUGAGGCAAAGAAGAAGGAAGAUGAAGUCAGCGCUAAGAAGCGCAAGGCAGAGGACGACGCGAGAUGGGAAGACACACGUGAACAGCGAGUGGGCAACUGGCGGUCGUUCGCGCAGGGCAAAUCUAAGAAAAAGAAGCAGAAAGUCGCCAUCCUCGGGUGAGCUUCUCGCAUAGAUAUGUCUGCUCGCGUGCCACAGGAACGCUGUAUACAAGGGGCCUUGCCUCGACCGAGAUGUAUCCCACCGCUCUCCGCAUUGUAGUAUCUGCAUACUGUAUCAUAUGUACAUAAGAUGUCAAUAGAACCCUCGGCCAUGAACCUGCUGACA